CGCUUCACCAGCAUUGACUUUCACUCCACCCAACUCCCCUGCGGGUGUUAUCCUCGUUCUCAAGCAUCUGGGUUUUCUAUAUAAACGGCUCCCAAUUCGGAAAUCAGGUGUCCAGGAGAUGGCUUAGAUCCAAGCAGCGCACCCUAGCCAUUUCUCCGUCCAUCGCCCAUUUAACAGUUGCGCACACCUUGCCUUGGAGCUUUCAGUUCGACCUGAACCCACCACAACCCACCGUACCUCCUCUUUAUCUCAGCCGACUCUAGUCCCAGCAUGCAGAAGAUCCUUCGCAUCAAUCUCAACGCCCGCAACCAAGGGGUGCGGGCAGCGCGAAGGAACAACUUGAAGAAGAUCAAAAGCGAAUGGUUCGAAUAUGAACAACAGUUUGUUCAGGGACAGCGGACGCGCACCAAGGCCAUCAAAGAGGAACGGGCUAAUCGUCGGGAAGAUUGGAUUGCCGGCCCACUAGCCCCGAAGCGAGAUGUUGGCCGUCUAAAGGGGCUGUACGGAACCAUAGAGACCGCCGCAUCACGAAGUCCAGUAGUGCCACGCAAUGCCAGGUUGGGAGAAGACGAUACGUCGAAAGACCCCGACGACGAGGAAGGCGAGGAUCCUCACGAAAUCCCCGAGAGCAAGGUGAUUGAGGGUAAUGCGAGGAAUAUUCUUGCUGGUGAUCGAGUGUGUGUGAUCAGAGGCAGAGAGGGGACAAAAGGCCGAAUCGGAAAGGUCAAAGAGAUAUUUUUGGACAGGAAUGAAAUCUCAGUUGAAGGCAUCAACAUGGCCGACGUUAAAAUACCACAGACCACCGCCGAAGCUCAAACAACCCCUUUCACAUCCGUUGAAGUCCCUCUCCCGAUCCAGGACGUCCGUCUGGUAUUCCGACACACGAUCGUCGACGAUAGCACCGGCCGCAUCCUCAAAGAUCGGGACGUCAUCGUCAAUCACAUUCGCGGCGGGGCACCUUUCCUAGAGCGAGAACACGGGUCCAACAUUCCGUCACAUACCCGAUACAUCGGGGGCUCAGACACUGAGAUUUCCUGGCCUCAGACCGACGUCCAAGAGUUCAGAACCUUUGACAGUGACACCCGCCGCAGAGAGGUCGAACAGGUCACCCACUUGCCAUCAAUCUAUGAUUCUCCCCUUCCCAGAUCUAGCGUUGUGGACGAAUUGAUCUCACGCUAUUCCAACAGCCGUCGCUGGCACGAGGAAGAGUUUGUGCGGAUGAAGAUCAUCGAGGACGCCAGAUCGAGGUGGUAUGAGUCUCGCACCUUGGAUACUCCACAUACCGAGUGGAAAAAGCACAAUAUGCAAAAGGCCGCAGCGAAGCGCCAGGCACAGCUUGCUCAGAUGUCGUCGACUGUGAGGCCACCGCCGCCGCAAGUCUCCGCAGAGCAGUAGAUGGUUUGGUGGUUUCCAGAGGAGUCGGAAGAGAAGAUACAAUGGCUCUAAUUCUUGGCUGUGAUAAGUCUUCUCCACGAGCAUCGGGCUACCAGAAGCUAGAUGGGAAUCUCGUGGAAGUCACUCGCCACUUUAUCCAUCCAACCAAACAAACUCGGUUUUCUCCCUCUCCUAUCGAUACACACAACCUUGUAUAGUCAAUCGAGAGAAAGGCGUAGACAGAAAGCUGUAAAACAUUGCACUGGGCAGCCUUGCGUGUGCAUGUAAAGAAAUGUAAAGAUAGAAAUCAUCAUCCACACCUAUAACAACCAUCUUCGGUCCAUGGAGCAUGUGGGCAUCCCUGGGUGCUUUACACAUGCCUCUCAGGAGAUCUCCUUCCUUAUAAAUGAAUCAACAUUUAACCCGGUAAUGGAUGGGAGGCCUCUGUCG